AUGGAUGUUCUGAGGGAGCACAAGGUACCACAAGCAGAAAAGCACCGCUCGGUACCAUGUGUCAAGAUUUCCUCCAGUCCUUAUAAACACUACAGGAAAGUAAUCUCAAACUCAGAAAAAAAGGGAUUUAAUUCUCAAUCAAAGAGAUUUCAGUAUAACCAAAAUGAAAACCUAGGCCCAGGAUUCUAUAGUGUAACUCAUCAGUCUGCAGAGAUCAACAGCACCUCAUUGUCAAAGAAAGGAACUCGAUACUUCUCUUCACUGGUUCCAUGCAUGGGAUGCAAGAAAACCUCCAACUAUCCAGCUGCAAAUGCCUACAAGAUCAUUUUUCAGUCCAAGCAAGACUUUAGCGAGGGAACUAGCAUGUUUCAACAACCCAUUGCUAGGAAGAUUGAGGAAAUCCCCACUCCAGCACCUAGUCAGUACUAUAAAUUCAAUGUUUCUGGCCAGACGGUGUUUGUGUCCAAAACCACAAGAGGAUUAAAUUUGGAAAAAUUUGGAAAAUGGCCUUCCCCGUACCUCAACGAUUCCCUCAUCAAGGUGUCUCCCAAGGGUAUAACAUCUUGCUUCAAGUCAAAGACCUCCCGCCUAACAAGGAUGGACAGAUUUACUCCAGAGCCUGCAACCUACCAGCCACAUAAAGCUACCAAGGAAGCAAAGAAAACUCCUUUCAGAGCACUCGGGAAGUAUUUCUUCGUCUACGGCUACGGUAGGAAGCGGCUCCUAGCGCUGUGA